GGGGUUAGGAUGUGCCAGCACUGGGAUGGAGGAUCCGUGCGGGACCGCCGCGCUCUGUGCGGAGACAUCAAGCUCUGCAGGGGGGUUCCCGUCUCUAUGCACCGAGGGCUUCCACCCCUCUGUAUCCAACCCCCCUCCCCCCGCAGCGAGGUGAGGAGGAGAAGGUAGAGGAGGACCCGGAGGCGGCGGCGGCGUGCGGUGAAAGAAGGGGGCACCGCGUUCACGCGCCUCCACCCGUGCAGCCCCGGUGCGGGGCUUUGGGAAAGAAGGGGGGGAAGCGGGGAAGGAGGAGGGGGGGGCCGCGCUGCUCCGCACCGCCCUCAUUGGCGGCCCCGUUGGCGCCGGGGCGCGGGGCGGGGAGGGAGCGGCUCCCCCGCACCGCCGCGGCUGCUGCCGGCACCGGCCAUGUGCCGAGAGGAUCCCCGCUGCCGGCUCUCCCGCUCGGUUCCCUGAGCUGGCAUCGGCCUUCCGUCUUGUUUAUCGUUCACUUUAUUUAUAACCCCCCCCCCCCUCCCCGCAAAUCACUGUUAUUAUUAUUAUUAUUAUUAUUUGAAUUUAUUAAUUUUAUUUGUUUAUUUAUUUCUACUCUUCUCCUUUUUUAUUUAUUUAUUUUUUCUUCAUUCCCGCAUUGAUGCGUUCCGAGCUGGAGAUUUCAGGAGAAGACGCGGUCCUCACCUGAGCGAUCCGGCACCAUUCCCCCUCUUGAAGGCUGUUAAUGGAGAAGAGGGCGAAUGACAGCCGGGACCGUGGUCAUCACAGGUGGAAUAUUAGCAACUGUCAUUUUACUUUGUAUCAUCGCUGUCCUCUGCUACUGUAGGCUCCAGUACUACUGCUGCAAGAAGGAUGAAUCCGAGGAGGAUGAGGAGGAGCCCGACUUCGCCGUGCACUCCCACAUCCCUCCGCUCCACUGCAACCGCAACGUAGUGCUGACCAACGGGCCGUCCCUCUACAGCUCCUCACCCUUCAGCAAGAAGGCAACGCCGAGUCGCAGCGGCUGCCCGGGCUGCGGGCAGUAUGAGCCUCCAACCUUCUUCCUGCAGGAGCCGCCUGAGGAGCUGCACAACGGGGGGGACCGGGUCAGCUUCCAGACCGUCAGCCAGGAGGAGCUCGACCUGCCGGUGAGCGUGGGUAACCUGCAGGCUCUCAACCCCAACCGGCUCUCAGCCAUGCGUGAAGCCUUCUCCCGCAGUCGCAGCAUCAGCACCGACGUGUGAGCCUGGCACUGCAUGGAGGACUUCUUAUAAUCCACCACAGUGUUUUAAAAUAAAAUUUAAAGGCAAAAAAAAAAAAAAAAAGUGGAGUUGGGGGUGGGGGGAAGGGGGAAAGAAAGUUGAAUGUAUUGCUGCAGUGGCAGGGAUGAGUUAAACCUCAGUAUAAUGGAGAGGGAAGUGAGGGGGGCUUGAUGGCAGCUGGGAUGUGAGGUUUUCUAGUGCUGCGUUGCAUUUCUUUUUUUUCUUUUAUAAAGAGGAUUUUGAUAUUGUGCAUCCUUUUAUACAGAGAAAAUGCCCAUCACCCACCAGUGGCUGGUGGGCUGAGAUGGGAGGCUGCAAGGCGUCUCGAGCUGCAAGGCUGCUGUGCUGUAGGGAUAUGCAGCACCUGGGGGCUGCUGGCCCUGGUGUGCAAACACACACAGCCACCACCGUCCCCUGGCAAAGCUGGGCUGCUGCUGCCCAUCCUUCUGCCACUGCUUUGUGCUGCAGCCAAGCACAUCCCAUCCCUGUCCUGCACCCUCUUGCUCCUCUCAGUGCUGUCCUAAUGGGGCAGGAGCAGUGGGUGCAGAUGGAGAUGGGUUAUCAAUCAAGUUACUUAGGGCGAGGAAGGAGGAAUGAUUCCAGAUGGAGGAAGGCACCCGCAGCUGCCCUCUCCAAAUAAUGAGCCUCCCCUCUCCAAAUGAUGCCAUAUGCUACUUCUAAUCUAAGGAGCUGAGUGCUGGCAGAGCGAGAGUGCACCCAUGUAUGUGCACACACGCCCCUGCAUGCACAUUUCUACUUUAAUUUUGAAGAUUACCAUAAGAUUUACUUCCCAUUAUUCUUAUUUUUUUUCAAAUAGAAGCAGUCACAGCAGAUCCUACCCAGCCAGGGACGUGGCAGAACACUUCAUGCCCUCCUUGCUGUCCCCUGUGUACAAUUUAUCUUGCACAAAACCCUCUCGCCCCAGGUUGGGCUUUAUUCAGGUUAAAAGCUUCACCCUGCGCUGGAGCAGGGCUUGCUGCUGCAGAGGAGGGGUGGCUACAAAUCGACCCUAACAGCCUCAGUGCUGUGCUUGGGGCCAGGCUUUGUUUUUAGAGAUGCAAUGAGAAGGAAGCGCUGCUGUUCCAUAGCCCUCAGCAUACACACGCUGUGUGCAGCCCAUCUGGAGAUGUUGCUUUCAGCUGUGAGGGCUUUUAAUUCCCCCAGGAAACCUUGCAAAGCACAAAGUCAGCCUCUGCAAUCCAGUACCUUUGAUAGUUUGGGGUUUCUGUUGGGGAAUUGGGGCUUGGGUUUGGCCCCGUUGAAUGGCAGCACAACCACGGCUGUACAGUGCUCACAUCAGUUUGUUUGAAU